AAUGGCACGCGCUGGCUCAUGGCUCAAGUGCGCAGGCUCAAGGAGGAGCCAGCAUGAUCGUUUCCUGCUUGCACUUGUGCGAUGUAUGGCGCAGGCGCAGUGCGGAUUACAGCACGCCGAGAUCUCGGCAUCAUGUAUGCAUGGGGUCGCCUUCCACACCUGAAUGGUAUGUACAGUGGUCAGUCCACUCCCACACUCCGAUGUGUCACACCAUGAUUUGGAUUCACAUCACCUGUUCACUAUGAAUUAUGAAAAUCCUCCACCGUACACCGGGGUUAAUCCACCUGGACCUUACCCACCAUAUGGACAGCCUCAAGGCGCACCUUACCCACCAUAUGGGCAACCACAAGAUGGUUCAGCUCAGUAUCCUGGUUAUCCACCUGGUCCUGCAGGGUAUCAGCCAGGACAGCCCGGCUAUCAAGGAUAUCCUCAGUAUGGCUGGCAAGGCGGUCAACCUCCCGCACCAGCAUAUAUGGAAGCUCCAAAAAACACCGUGUACGUUGUAGAAGAGAGAAGAAGGGAUGAUUCUGGAGAAAGUGCCUGUUUAACAGCUUGUUGGACUGCCCUUUGUUGUUGCUGCCUUUGGGACAUGUUAACAUAAAAUUAUAUAAAUAUUUAGUAAAAGCCAGAACACAGAAUGCCUGUACUUUAUUGCAUCUAACAUCUUAUUUUCUUGAUAAUUUUUUUAAUCAAUUAACAAGCAGGCAUUUAUUAUCCUAUUGAUUUUCAUGCAGUUAGGGUACAUUCACACGACUGUAUAAUGUUAUCCGCAUCCGUUCCGCAUUUUACGGAAUAGAUGCAGAUCUAUUCAUUCCUAUGGGUGAAUAAAAUGUGCGGACAAUGUUCAGUAUGUUGUCCGCAUCCGUGUUUCCGCAUUUCUAGUCCGCAAAAAUAUGAAGCUUGUGCUAUUAUUGUCUGCACAGAUCGGUCCUCAGACCCAUUCAAGUCAAUGGAUCCGCAAAUUGCGGAUGCCAUACGGAAUGGUUUCUGUAUGUCAUCAGUUUUUUGCGGUUCCGUUUCUGAAUUAUUGAAGGCCUUCAUUUUUUUUCUUCUCUCUCUCUUUUUUCCUUACGUUUUUUGCGGACCGUAAAAAACAGAAGACAUACGGAACACAAACGGAAAUCAUUCAUCCGCAAAAUGCGUACACACUGUUCCGUUAUUUGCAGACUGCAAAACGGAAAGGAUUACACACGGUCGUGUGAAUGUAAGUGCACACUUCUGCCUCUUCUUUCAAUUCUGGGCAAUAUCUUGAUCCAUGAAUGUUACAAGCACUGUGUAUUUUUUUUUUUUUCUGUUCACAGUUCGUUAUUUAUUUAUUUUUUAAUCUUGUAUUGUGCUUCAAAACUCAAUUAUUCCCAGACUGGGACAAAUGAAUAUAUUAAUCUGAUCUAACAUCCACAUAAUAAACCAACUCAGUAUGCAAAGACUUGGCAUCUGUGAGCACUUACAUACUUCAGCAGUUCAUUGUUGCCUUUCACCUUAUAAUUUAUCGAAUGAAAAAGUCAGUCAUUAUUUAAGAAACACAAGACAACACUAAAGCAUAAUCUCUUUGUUAUGUAGUUUGACCUUAGAACGUAUGGAGAUGUUUAUUAGGAAUAUGUGGUAUCUGUAGCAUAGUUUUUUAAAUUUCUCUGGCAAACAGCAUUAUUAAUAUGCAACAAUUAAAGAAUGAUUGCAUGGAA